AUCGUCGACGUCCUCAUAAUAAUAUUCCCCUGUCAAUCUUGAAUCUUGAAACCAUACCCCUCUUCAUAAAAUAUCUAUCAUAAAUUAUCAUUCAUGGAGAAAUUAGUUGAAGUUUCAGAACCAGAAAUACGUAUAGACUUUGCAUUAGGCUGCAAAUGUCGAGCCACAGUGAACCUCAAAUCACUUAUUGCAACCUCACCAAUAGCAUACAAAGUUCAAACUUCAUCUCCUCACAAGUUCCUUGUCAAUCCACCUAGUGGCCUAAUAUCUCCAUCAUCUUGCACCACUUUCCAAGUCAUUCUCAAACCUCAAUCCCAAAUACCUUCCACUUUCCCUCGCUCCCCUUCUGAUCGGUUCCUCGUUAGAACCGCUAUAGCACCUGAACUCAAACUCGAACUCAACUCUUCGUCUUCUGAGACGACUCGGUCUGAAAUAGUUAAUUCGUGGUUCAGCUCAAUUGGACAUAAUUGUUCAACUUAUGACAUAAAACUCAAGGUGGUUUUCGUGGGGCCGUUUCUUCUUCGACAUGCUGUUAGUAAUGGAGAUUGUGAUUCCGUUAGGAAUAUUAUCAAACGACAACGAUCCGUUUUCACUGAAUUUUCAACUCGGGAAGCUGAGUCACUCAUCCGAGUUGCAAAGCAGCUGCCUAAUAAUAACAACGACAUGGUCAAUAUCUUGAUUGAGGGUGGAUUAAAGGUGGACGCAUGUACUGAACCAAACGCCGUAAAAUGGGUGUCAAUGGGGUGGACGUCGUUACAUAUCGCGGUCGCGAAUGACCGGAGGGAUGAAGUUGAGAGGCUAGUGAGAGUGAAUAAUAACGGAGGAGGUUGCAGGUGGUUGGAUAGCAAAGACAAGGAAGGAAGAACGCCAUUACAUUUAGCGGCGAGUAAAGCGUUAUUGGGGAUUGCUAAGGUGUUGAUAGGUGCAGGUGCGCAGGUGGACGCGAGGAGCAAAGAUGGUAGAACAGCUUUGUUUAGAGCAGCUGCCAAUGGGGACUGUGAAAUGGUGAAGAUGCUUGUUGAAAUGGGUGCUGACCCUACUGUUACUGAAUUGCAUCUUGGCCGUUCAGCGCUUGAUAUCGCCCGAUCUAAGGGUCAUGAGACAGCCGUUAAAAUCCUCGAAAGAGGAGAAGCAGUUCUACAUGCGGCAAGACGGGGUGAUCUCCAGCUGCUCGAGACACUUCUGGACAAGGGAGCAACAACCAACUUCCGAGAUCAAUAUGGUCUAACAGCUGUCCACAUUGCAGCGAUUAAAGGAAACAAAGAUGCAGUAAUGAUAGUGGCUGAAUUCGGAGCCGACUUGGAAUGUCAAGAUUCAGAAGGCAACACUCCGCUCCACAUGGCUGUCGAAGGCGGCUGUGCACAGAUGGUAGAAGUGCUACUUAACAGAGGAGCCAAUGUGAAUGCCAGGAACAAGAAAGGUGACACUCCGCUUUCUAUUUCCAGAUUUUUGAGUUAUGAAGAAAUAACACAGCUGCUUGUUGAUGAGGGUGCGGUGCUUUCUGUACUUCCUUCAAAUUCGCCCUCUCCCUUAUCUUGAUUCUUGGCUAAUAUAGAUGUACAGCUUUAAUGGAUAUAGUAUCAGGUGAUUCAGGUAUUGAACAAAGUAAAAUUUCCUCCGUCUUCCCAACA